UGCGCCGCAACCUUGCGCAGUGGUGCGGUAGAGUAAGCUAGCCUGAUAGAUUCGUUGUGAACUUUUCACUUCAACAAGGAUUUACAGACGAUGCGAAUUACAAAAGCAAUGAAACAAUGACAGGCAUAUCUGCUGAUGUACAUUUGACAUAUAUGUACCCAAUAUUAGCUGAAUUAUGCUCUUGAUCUGGAUUUGACAAACUUUAAAGUUUGUGUGUGAAGCAGCAUGAGUAGCAAGCAGCGACAGGGCAGCGCUGGACGUCAGGUUCCCCACACCAGACUGGAGGAUGACUCCGUUAUAGAGAAAACGUAUGAACUGUCAAAAAAACUUGGCCAAGGCAGCUUUGGGGUCGUCAAAGAGGCAAAGAACAGAGCAACUGGGGUCACCUGGGCAAUCAAAGCUGUAAAUAAAGAAAAGGCUGGCAGCUCUGCAAUACAACUUCUAGAAAGAGAAGUAGCCAUACUGAAAAAGGUGCAACAUGAACACAUUAUUCAUUUGGAAGAAGUUCUGGAAACUGCAAAAAGAAUGUACUUAGUUUUGGAACUAUGUGACCAGGGAGAGUUGGCAGAUGUGUUGAAGGAGAAAGGGAAGUUUACUGAAGCUGAGACCAAAACAAUCAUGAGAAAUUUAGCAAGUGCAAUUCAAUACUUACAUAAAAAUGACAUUGUACAUAGGGAUUUGAAGUUGGAAAAUAUCCUUCUAAGUCACAAUCCAGAAAAUCCAGAAGAUAAACUGCAUAUAAAGGUGACAGAUUUUGGUCUUUCAGUAUGUAAAGGAGGAGUAGGCCAUGAAAAUAUGAUGCAAGAUUUUUGUGGAACUCCAAUUUAUAUGUCCCCAGAGAUCAUAGACAACAAAACCUACAGUCAACAGUGUGAUGUGUGGGCAAUGGGAAUAAUCAUGUAUACACUAUUAUGUGGUAAUCCACCAUUUCGAGCACGAGAGGAGGAGAAGUUGUAUGAAAUGAUUAAAAAAGGAGAAAUUGAUUUUUCUGAGCCAGUGUGGGAAGAAAUCAGUGAGGAUGCCAAACAUGUGAUCAGUGGCAUGCUGAAGGUGGAUCCUGCCCAUAGAACUACAGCUAGUGAAGUGCUGGCACAUCCUUGGAUAACAGGUGAGGAGCGCACUUGCCAACCUGCCAAUGUAUUAGAAAUGAUGAAGCAGUGGAAAGAUGAGUUAAAACUGGAAUCCGAGGAACAAGGGGAGGAUGAUAGUGCAAUAAAUGGAGACCAGAAAACUGCUUCUACCUCAGAGACUGAAGAACGGGUCUCUAGUGGCAGUAGUGUAGGGGAAUAUACUAAACGGAGCCCCAAUGGGAGUGGAGGAACUAAGAAAACAGCUUUAAAAAGUAAAUCACAGAGUUCAAGCGGAGGUAGUAGCAGCAGUCCUGCAAGACAAACACAAAAGACAAUCAAUAACAAUGUUCCUGCUGGUAAAAGCAGGUCUCCAAUCACUGGGUCAAAACUGACCACGCCUUCACCUCGGACCCAACAAACCCACUCUGCCAGGACAACUGCAACACCAUUGACUAAACCCAAAUCACAGCCUUCAGCACAACCGACAAAGAAGAAAUAGCAGUUGGCAUGACUGUAACAUGGGGUAAACAUUUAGCACAAGGGUACUACAGAUGAAGAGUUCAUUCAAAUUGUGGCGUUGCUUCAAAUUUGAGUUCUUAACUAAAUAUGACAUAUGAUAGUCUGCCUUGUCUGUGGAUGCUGAAUACAAGUGGUCUG